GUCAGAUCCUCCCAACUCGACCUUGACGCCCCUCUUGUGCCGGCCAGGGAGAUCGGCCUUGAAGACGCUAGCUUCGCGGGCCUCCCACCAGUCGACGCGGGCGUCCGCGAGGCAAAGUCGUCCCUGGAGCCUCGGCGAGAAUAGAGGAAAGAGACUUCUCGGGCAAGACGCUGAUGGCCUCAAAAGAAGCGAAGACGGCGGAUGGCGAGGGCGGAGCAGACGGUUCUAGUUCUCCGACGGCCAGUGCGAAUAGAGGUUUAGACGAUGAUCAAAGGCACAGAGAUGAGAAAUUAAGGAAAUACGAAAAAGCUGCUUCCUUGAAAAUUGAGCAAUACUUCCUCUUAGAUGAUAUUCCACGACUUAUUAAAGGACUUGAAGACCUGGCUGCACCCGAGUAUAAUAUUUUCUUUAUUAAGAAAUUAAUCACACUCGCCGUGCAAUGGAGGAACCAAACGGAUGCCACAUCGCGAUUUCUCGCAAGGGCUGUGAAAGAAGAUGUUUUAUCACCGAUUGAUUUAGAGAUAUGUAACGAGUUCCCUGAGAAUUCUAUUGAAAGUGAAAUUGUACACAAGGCUUGCGCACUUGUAUCAGCUGCACAAGCCUCAGAGGCAAUGCAUUCGGUAGGUGCCGCAUUUUGGUUAGUUUAUUUUUAUUUUGAAUAAAAA